AUGCAGAUUCUCCUUGCAUACAAUAGGGUCUCCCUUCUCCACCAGCAGCUAUUGCAAGAAAGGAUACCACGCUUUUUAUCAGGUGCCGCUGCACUGCACCAAUUAUUUGUUCACGAUACCCUUCUACGAGAUCAUCGCUGGCGAUUGGUAAAACGACAACUCAAGAGCGUGUGUAAGGGACUCGAAGAGAGUUCUACAACGAUCUCAAGUGGGGUUUCCAGUGGCCCUGACUAUACAUCCCUGGUGAAUACCGUUGAAAGCGCGUUCUGGGCCGGGACAGAAUGCCAAACGGGUCACACUCACCAAGCUGGCUCAAGUACCCAAGACCUCCCUGGCUUUAAUCUAGAUCUCAAACCAUCCUUGGAUGAUUACUUUACGGGUCAGCAAUAUGAAAACUAUACCAUUGUUACCGAUGAAAGCUUGGAAAUGCAUAUGUUCCAAAAUGCGACCCCGUUAACCUCGUUGUGGAAUGAGUGA